CGAUUGCUUUGAAACGCUCCCGCAAAGGGAUCUCCGUCCCCUCCCAGCCGGGCAUGGCACUGCCUCCACCCGCCACCACUGAACCCUGCAAGGCCGAGAAGACUUUCUGACCGUGCCUGGCAACUCCGCGCUGCCGGGAAACCCGGGGGCUGCCUGCAGCGCUCUCAGACUCCCCGCUCGCUGCCGCACACAGGCGCGCUCCCUCGCCCUCGCCCUCUCCACCCCCCGGCUCCGCACGCCGUCUCUCACACACACACACGCGCGCACGCUUUCUCUCACUCUCCCUUUACCCGGAGGUGCGCUGGUAGCCAUUUAAUGAGGGGGAAAAGUUAAGAGAUUAAACCAAUAUGAACCAUCGUUGCUCGUAGCAGUGCCCUAUCCAGAGCAGAGCAGAAUCCAGCGAGCACCCCUGCAGGAAUGGAGUCGGUAAAACAAAGGAUUUUGACCCCUGGCAAGGAGGGAUUGAAGAAUUUUGCCGGAAAAUCGCUUGGUCAACUCUACAGAGUCCUAGAGAAGAGGCAGAAGCCCGGGGACACCAUCGAGCUGACGGAAGAUGGAAAGCCCAUGGAAAUGCCGGAGAAGAAAGCCCCGCUGUGCGACUGUACCUGCUUCGGGCUGCCCCGGAGGUACAUCAUUGCCAUCAUGAGUGGACUGGGAUUCUGCAUUUCCUUCGGGAUCCGAUGUAACUUGGGAGUGGCCAUCGUGGACAUGGUCAAUAACAGCACCAUACACCGAGGAGGAAAAAUUAUUAAAGAGUUAAAAUCAGCAAUAUUCAAUGAGUAGCCUCUGAAAAACCAGCAGAAAGAACACUCUUUUUUCUAUGGAUAUGUUCUAUUGGAACAACACUGAAGUUACUUGCUUUCCUUUUUUUUUUCCCCCCACCUUUGCAGAGUAUUUGGUGCUGCUAUACUGCUGACAUCCUCCCUCAACAUGUUAAUACCAUCUGCAGCCAGGGUGCACUAUGGGUGUGUCAUCUUUGUUAGGAUCUUGCAGGGCCUUGUAGAGGGGGUCACCUACCCUGCCUGCCACGGUAUUUGGAGCAAGUGGGCCCCCCCAUUAGAAAGAAGUAGGUUAGCAACCACUUCCUUUUGUGGUUCCUAUGCAGGAGCUGUUAUUGCAAUGCCUUUAGCUGGAAUUCUAGUGCAAUAUACUGGGUGGUCUUCUGUAUUCUAUGUGUAUGGGAGCUUUGGUAUAGUCUGGUACAUGUUUUGGCUUUUGGUUUCAUAUGAGAGUCCUGCAAAGCAUCCUACGAUCACAGAUGAAGAAAGGAGAUACAUAGAAGAAAGCAUUGGAGAGAGUGCCAACCUCCUAGGUGCAAUGGAAAAAUACAAAACUCCAUGGAGAAAAUUUUUUACAUCUAUGCCAGUCUAUGCAAUAAUUGUUGCAAACUUCUGUAGAAGCUGGACUUUUUACUUGCUGCUUAUUAGUCAGCCUGCUUACUUUGAGGAAGUGUUUGGAUUUGAAAUAAGCAAGGUGGGUAUCUUAUCUGCUGUGCCGCAUUUAGUGAUGACAAUUAUUGUUCCUAUUGGGGGACAAAUUGCAGACUUUUUAAGAAGCAGGCAGAUUCUUUCAACCACUACUGUGAGAAAGAUAAUGAACUGUGGAGGUUUUGGUAUGGAAGCAACUCUUCUUCUCGUGGUGGGAUAUUCUCACAGUAAAGGAGUGGCUAUUUCAUUCUUAGUGCUUGCUGUAGGCUUUAGUGGAUUCGCCAUAUCUGGAUUCAAUGUCAACCAUUUAGACAUUGCCCCGAGGUAUGCCAGCAUCUUAAUGGGGAUUUCUAAUGGAGUCGGGACCUUGUCUGGAAUGGUUUGCCCUAUAAUUGUUGGAGCAAUGACAAAGAACAAGACACGUGAAGAGUGGCAGUAUGUCUUCCUCAUUGCUGCUUUAGUUCAUUAUGGAGGUGUUAUAUUCUAUGGCAUAUUUGCUUCAGGAGAGAAACAACCCUGGGCAGACCCUGAACAGACAAGUGAAGAGAAAUGUGGCUUUAUUCAUGAAGAUGAACUUGCUGAAGAGACAGGGGACAUUACUCAGAAUUAUGUAAAUUACGGUACCACCAAGUCUUAUGGUGCUACAACCCAGGUCAACGGUGGCUGGCCUAAUGGUUGGGAGAAAAAAGAGGAAUUUGUACAAGAGGAAGUACAAGACUCAUACAACUACAAGGAAGGAGAUUAUUCAUAACAAACCUAAAUAUUGGGUAUAUUUUGUAGUGUUUGUGAUUAAAUUCAUUGUGAUUGUUUGCACACAGAAAUAAAAUGUGGUAUAAACAUGUAAACACAUAUCAAACAGGAAGGUCUUACUGUAAAAAAAAUCCAUUAAAGUGCAAUCUGUAUGAGUUGUGACAUGUCAUCACUUUCAUUAGGUUAUAUUCGUUCUAUAAACAUUAGAGUUUUAAGGAUUUACUGGUCAAAACUAUAGAGGCAAUUAUAUACUUACAGUAUACAAGAGCUAAAACUCGUAACUAAGGAUUAAAGCACAACUAAGCAACCAAGUUGGCACAUCUAAUGCUCUUUUUAGAAAGCCAAAAUUACUUGAUCAUUAAAAAUGCACUUAUAUAUUUGUUACACUGUAUUGAAAGAGAUUGUGUUAAAUACACACGUUUACUCAGUGCAAUGUAAGAAUUGUGUGUUUAGUCUAAGACAAGAGUUUUCUUAAAGAAGAAAGGUUGAGUCCUAGGCAUUUACAGAGGAUUGAUCCAGUUCCUUUAAUGGUAAUUGUAUCAAGCCCAAAGAACAAAUAGGGCAUAUUGUAUGUUUAUCGUGAUUACAUGCUGCAGGCUACUCUGUGAUGAAUAAAGGAAUUAUUUAGGAGUUUUAUACUGAAUGUUUGGGCACAAAUUCUUAUUUCUAUUCUUUACAGAAUCUUAUGAAAUUAUAGGCAUUAUCAUGUUCUUCCCUGCAUUUAUCAACUAAUAUAAAAACAAUACAUAAUGCUAAGCCUGACUUCUCAUGCAGACUGUCAAAUCCCUUUAUCAGAAAACAAGCUUUAUUAUUCUUUUCUUUACAGUAUACUCCAACUUUGUACUGGUGUCUUUAGAAAGAGAGAAAAAAACAAUAUAACCUAGAAAAAGAUAUAGUCUUUUACAAAAUUCCAAAGAGAAAUUUACUAUGAGCAAGUAGCCCUAUGAAAAAGGAUGUAUUUGUUUUGCAGAAUAUUUUGAAACCAAUAGAAAAAACAGAGAAUAAUUUAACCCUUAUUCUUCCCUUAAUAGCUUUCAUAUUUUUACACAUCGUGCCACAGUUGUAUACAUAGAUAUGUUUAUUGAAGAUACUGUAAUUAUAGAAAAUGUUGCUAUUUUAGAAAUCCCUGAAAUAAAAAAUGUAUUUGUCUUUCGAUUAAACCUAAUAAUAAUGGACACUGAAUAUGAGUGACAUAUAAACUCACAAUAAACCAAAGUGGCAAAUAACUAGUGUUGGGUUGAAAGAAGCCAACAAGCAUCACGCUUGUCUUUUUAGCAUAACUCAACAGUGACUGCAACAUUAGUGUACCAAGCAAUAAGUGCAAUGCAUUAUGAAGUGCAUAAUCUUCUAGACUAUAUAUUAACCUUCAUUUAGCUUGUUGUAUAUAUUUGGGGUUGUUGGGAUUAAACCGAACUGAACCAAACUGAAGUUAGCAACACCAGACCACUUCUUAAUACUCUAAAAUGACAACAAUGAUCCAUUUCUUAAUUCAAUCAAAUGAUUAUUAUUGUAUGUAAUAAUCCAUUCUGGAUUCUUGGUCUGUUCAUUGUAUUGUGCUAGUGAUUGGAAACCCUGCUACCGCAAUAUACAACUUGAGGAUUGUUUCUUCUCCUUUUUUUUAAUGCAAAUCAUACCUUGACCUUAAGAAAAAAAUAUUUUGCUUUGUGCCUCAAAGUGAUGUAAAAUGUGACCAUAGCUUUUGCUGUGUUUAAUGAAAAAGAUGUGGACUGUGUCACUUUUGUUGCUGCAAAAAGUGUUAAUAAAAUGCUCUAUUUAUCCUUUUAUAUAAAAAA